GUCAUGGCUUCCCGGGAAGAGGUUCUUGCCCUACAAGCUGCAGUUGCCCAGCAUGAGGAGGAGCUGAAUUCCCUGAAGCAGAGGCUUGCGGCGGCUCUUUUGGCGGAGCAAGAACUGGAGCCAGAGCGGCGAGUUCCUGUGUCGCCGCUACCGCCGAAGGCCGCCUUGUCCCCAGACGAGAUUCUGCGCUAUAGCCGACAGCUAGUGCUGCCAGAGCUGGGCGUGCACGGACAGCUACGCCUGGCUGCCGCAUCUGUCCUAAUCGUGGGCUGCGGUGGGCUCGGCUGCCCGCUGGCGCAGUACUUGGCAGCAGCCGGCGUGGGCCGCCUUGGCCUUGUGGACUACGACGUCAUAGAGUUGAGCAACCUAGCCCGCCAGGUGCUGCAUGACGAAGCACUGGCUGGCCAGGCCAAAGCCUUUUCGGCCGCCGCCUCUCUGCGCCGCCUCAAUUCGGAAGUAGAGUGUGUGCCCUACGCCCAGGCCCUGACCCCAGCCACGGCGCUAGACCUGGUCCGCCGCUAUGACGUGGUGGCCGACUGCUCUGACAACGUCCCCACUCGCUAUCUGGUUAAUGACGCCUGUGUGCUGGCUGGCCGACCUCUGGUGUCGGCCAGCGCCCUGCGUUUCGAGGGCCAGAUUACAGUCUACCACUAUGACGGCGGGCCUUGCUAUCGCUGCAUAUUUCCCCAACCACCUCCGGCGGAGACCGUAACUAAUUGCGCCGAUGGCGGGGUGCUCGGUGUCGUAACUGGAGUCUUGGGCUGCCUACAGGCUCUGGAAGUCCUGAAGAUCGCUGCGGGCCUGGGUCCUUCGUACAGUGGAAGCCUGUUGCUCUUUGACGCCCUCCGAGGGCAUUUCCGAUCUAUUCAGCUGCGGAGGCGCAGGCCUGACUGUGUGGCUUGCGGGGAGCGGCCCACUGUGGCUGAUCUGCAGGACUAUGAGGCCUUCUGUGGCUCCUCAGCUACUGAUAAGUGCCGCCCCUUGCGGUUACUGAGCCUAGAGGAACGGAUUUCUGUUACCGACUAUAAGCGACUUCUGGAUUCUGGGGCACCCCACGUGUUGCUGGAUGUCAGGCCUCAAGUGGAGGUGGACAUCUGUCGUUUGCCUCAUGCUCUACACAUCCCUUUGAAACGUUUGGAACGGAAAGAUGGGGAGAGCCUGAAACUCUUAAGGGAAGCAAUCCGGGAAGGGAAUUCAGGAAGGGAAGCGCCGGAAGGGGCUGCUGUCUCCGUUUAUGUGAUUUGCAAACUGGGAAAUGACUCCCAGAAAGCCGUGAGGAUCCUACAGUCCCUAACAGCAGCACAAGAGUUAGGUUCUUUAACAGUUAGGGAUGUUGUAGGGGGCCUCAUGGCUUGGGCUGCUAAAAUCGAUGAGACAUUUCCGCGUUACUGAGGUGACUGGUAUAGUCCCUGUGGAUUGCUGUAAUACCUCAAAGAUAUAUUUAUUUGCAUUUUUUUCAAUACUGUAAAGAGUUUGGGAUUCCACAAUAACAAUACAUGGGAUCUUUUUAUAAGGAACUUUUUGAUUGUAAUGUAUCAGUCGAUUUACAAAUUAGUGGAUUAUAAUAGAGUUUCUGAGAACGAUCUUGUGUUUUCACCACUUAGAGCGUGUCUUGGAAAUGUAAGAUACUAUGUGAAAGGAUUUUAUAUUUUAUUUUUUAUUUUGUUUUGGUACCAGGGAUCGAACUCAGGUCCUUGCGCUUGUGCAGUUGGCGGCAAAACCACUGAGCUAAAUCCCCAGCCCAGGAUUUUAUAUUUUAAACUGCACAUCAUCUAUCUCUUCUUUUUGGUUUUAUUGAGACAGGGUUUCACUAUGUAGUUCAGGCUGGGCUUGAACUCACCGUGUAGCCCAGGCUGGCCUCCAACUCGGUCAAUCCUGCCUCAGCCUCCCAACUGUUGCAAUUAUAGGUAUGUGGCACCACUCCUAGCCUCUAUCUGUCUUCUUUAAUUUCCACUUUCCUCAGUCAAAAAGUUCUCUAAAUUGUCCAUUUUUUACCUGAAACUAAGAUGUAGUAAACUUAGUCUUACUGAAUUGAUUACAGAUCACAUGCUUAGGGUCAGUUUAUUGUUUAGUAAGGCAUUCUCUGGUUCUUAUUUUUGACUGCAAAAUAAACGUUUCAUAGGUAAAGUAUUUUAGUGAUCUAGGAAGUGGUCAUUCUAUUAGAUAUUUUAAAUUAAUAUGAAUGUGAAAUCCUUACAGUUUAGCAAAAUAAAGGAAACUGCCUUUGUAGUCUCUCAUUUCCCUCAUAAGUUGCUAAUAUUCAAGUUCCAUCUUGUACAAAAACAUUUUCUAGAGUAUAUUAUUUAACAAUCAAAUUCAAAGUUGGUCGCUGCUUUUAACUGUGAAACGUAACUCGUUCUUUGAGCAAAAGUGCUUAAAAGUAUGUGCUUAAAUGUGCUCUUCUCUGUUCCGAAGCUGGAGCAGGUUUGUUAGGACCCCUUUUCCCAAGGCACUACGGAAAUGAAACCUUGGAGUGAGAACCAAGAUGGCUGACUAGUGUCUUUCCUUCGUUGUUCUAGGGAAAGCUGAUUGUGAUGUAUUUGGAAUCAAAUAGACCUGAUGCCCACAACUUAAGGGAGAGGUUCAUUUUGUUUCACGUUUCAGAAGUUUCAGCCUGUGUUUGUCAGGCUUAAAACAGAAACAGCAUGGUGGGAAGAUCUGAGCAGAGGAAAGCUGCUGUGUCCUGGCGACCAGCAAGCAGAAGAUAGAGGAGCCAGGGAGGGAGAGAGACCUCUCUGGUCAUCCGGCAGUGACCCACCUCGCAACUGCACACACAUCUGUUGGUCUCAGCAGUAGAUGAAUUACUUGUGAGUACAGCACCCCCAUGUCCCAACCACCUUCCUACCCCACCCCCAACCACAUGAGGUUUUCGGGGGACAUUCCAAAUCUAAAUCCCACAGAAACUAUUUCAUAUUUUGAAGCCUGAUGUCUUAAACUUAGGCAAUUUUUAUAAUUCCUGCCAACCUGGUUGUCUUGAGGACAGGCAACAGAAGCUGACCAGCUGAUCAAGUGGGGAAGUGUUCUGUUAAAGUGGUAGGUGCUUGUGAGAAUUUUGGGAGGCCAACUUGGUAUUCUAGGAGUGAUGCGCAAAACAUGCACAAACCAGAUUCGUGAGAACACUGCUGUGCUGCCCCAGAAAACAGUACAGUUCCUCACAAUUUAGGGUACACACAGUUUACUAUGAAGUCUUGUGUAUUGACACCGACUGGUUUCUAAUUUUUAGUUCAUUUAUUCACAAUUUUUAAAAAAAACUGACUUGUUUCUGCCUGAGCAUCAUCUUUGAGCAGAUUGCUGAACGUAAGCAGAGAAAAAGGUUAUGUCCUAAAAUUUCCCCUCUUGAUAGCUCCUUGGUUUAAAGCCUGGCAGAGAAGAGUGAUAUUGAUAUCAUGGUCAUUUUUAAUUAACAGUAUUCUUACCCAAAGCUUUCAGAUGAGGGAGGCCUUAAAUGAAUUAGAAUUUAACAGAAAGUUUAGGUGAGUUUAGAUAGUUGACAAAACUUAUGAGCAAAAGCCGCAGGUUUGGCUCAGUGGUGCCGCCGCCUGCCUCUCAAAGCGCAAGGUCCCGAGUUCGAUCUUUGGUACCAAAAAACAAACAAAACUUGUGAGCAAGACUUGCUGUAUUUUAAGAGCAAAGGGACAUGGUGCUUUUACAGUUUUGACUUCCAUGGCAGCUGAGGCAGACUGUCCAUGAGCUACCCAACAAUCUCUCUGAUCCCACCUUCUGCCUCACUGGCAGGGCUCAAAAUGUGAGCAGUUCCUUUCUGCCAUUCAAGUAGAGUGGAUCUGACCACUUCUCACUGUCCCCAAGGCUUAUUGUACUUUUUACUACAGCAAUCAUCUCUCCAUGAAGUUUAUAGCUUUUCAGGAAUUGCACACAAAGAAUAUUAAUUGGACCACAGAGUGCCAAGUGAGCUAUAGGCCUUAGGUCUUAACAAGAUAACAAAAGAGGUACCUUUGCACCACAAGAGCUAUCACCUAAAGACUUUUUUUGGUAAUUAUAAAUGUUCCCUUCAUAGUUUUGAGAGUGGUGGAGGAAGAUAGGAUUUGUAGAUUCUAAGUUUCUUUGAUGACACAAAGAAUAAUAAUUAACAGCUUAAAAGGGCUUGGCAAAUUCAUUAAUGGUAGGGUGGGGCAAGUACUGUCAUGAAGGUGGCCAGACGGACCUGGUGAGGAAGGGAGUACAUCCGGUCUAACACUUCUGCACAGUUUAAGCCAACUUGGCCUUGCAGGAAGUAGCUACAGUGUUGCCAAGACUUUCAAUCCUUUAAGAAUACCUGGGGUCAGGUGUACACCUCAGUGGUAAAGGGAGUGCUUAGCAUGCAUGAGACCUUGAGUUCCAUGCCCAGGACUAAAUCAAACUCAAAACUGAAUAUUUUUUUCCCCGUUUUUCUUUUUGUGGUGCUGGAUGUGAAGCCAGGGCUUCAUGGGUAACAGGCAACCACUCUACCACUGAGCUACAUCCCCUGCCCACAUAUCCUAAUUUUUAAAGGUUAAGAAUAUAUUUAAAGCUUUUGAAAUGAGUUACCAAAUGAACACCCUUGUAGGCUGGAUAUAAGCUUUAAAUAGGAAAAAAGCAAAUAAAAAACUUGAGUUGGGUCUUUUCAAAUUUGGUGGACAUCGAGACAGCUGAAUUCGGGGGUGCAGAGUAAAGCUACUUUAACAAUUUAACACCUGUACUUUAAUAUGUAGUUUAAUUUUUAGAUUUAAAAUUGUUUUUAAUUUGUAACUAUAGGCUAAUCAUCUCAGCCAAUGAAAGUUAUGAAAUAAAGGUGUUUCUUGCUAAAUCA